GACCCAGCGACGAAACCAACAACUUUAACCAAGUUUCUUCUCGUCGGCGAGAAGUUGGUGAUUUUUCCGAAACUAACAUAAUGUCUCCAGGCGGGUGGACAUGACCGGAGUGAUACGGUAUGGAAAAAAUAACUUUACAUUGUACCAUUGUGCUGGGCCAUGGGUGUCAGACCCUGCUGUAUUGCUGACAGACAACACUGACUGCCGCUGCUGCUCUGUGUAAUAUUUCUAGCAUGCCACGCAGGCAGCUAACUUCUCCAAAGCCAGGAAAACUUUGCCUUCAAACCAGCAGUGGCCCACGCAGUCUAAUACUGUGACAUUUUCUUCAUUUCACCCUUUCCUUUUUACACAUCUGAAAAAUGAUGAAGGUUAGGAGAUACUUAAGGGGGAGUGGGAGGGUACUCGCAUUCGUAUUCAUUGCCUCUGUUAUUUGGCUGCUGUUUGACAUGGCUGCACUUCGCAUAUCAAUAAACGAUGCGAAUAGUCAGCUGCUGAAGGAGCGGGUGAUAAGAGAAAGGGAGACUUUCAAACAGCAGUCUAGGGUGACACAGCUGAUGAACAGGGGGUUUAAACACCCAGUGCAGAGGGUGGACUUGGCUGUUACACAUGCGGGCAAAGGACCACUUAGUUCAGGCAUCAAACUCUCCCAAGUGUACAGACAGGGAGGCAGGAAACACGACCAAAUGUUGAAGGACAAAAAGGUGGACUCUUUUCAGCAACAGGGAGAUAAUCUUCCCAAGGCUAAAUCUGUAGUUUCUGAACAUCAAGAGAGAGCUGCCCUGCAAAAUGUCACAUCAAAGCAUGGUGGCCCUGCAAACAAAAAAGCAGUAAAUUUGGAUCUGAAUGGCUCUAAAUUAGAGAAAAGUGGAGUAAUAGAUGUCUUUGAUAAGGGGACAUUACCUGCAGUAGAGUCUGAUAUAACCCAGGAGUCACAGGGUGUUCAGAAAAAAAAACAUGCUCCUCUACCGACCUCAAAGAAAGAACCCAUUAAAACUGGAGAUGCUGUACAAAGCGCUCUGGACAAAAAGGAUUCAAAGACAAAUCAAAACAUCAAGGAGGAACCCUCCAAGACUGGAACAAUAAUGAGCCAGCGUCAGACUGAGGAGGCACACCCUGUUAAAACAACAUCCAAACCUCCCAACAAGGAUGUAAAAGAAAAGGAGGUAAACAUUAAUAAAAAUAAGAAACCGGCUGAGAAAAUUGACAAGAGUGAUCUAAAUGCAACAAAGGAACCCCCGAAACCUGUAAUCAAGCUCCAAGCAGGAGGGGACUCCAAGGAUAACUCCACAGCUGUCAGAAAACCAGGUGUCCACAAAGUGCUUUCUCUGGAUGCGACUCUCACUCCCAGAGAUGCCAAUGCCGUGGGCCAGUUUGGUCAGGCAGCACUUGUUGCCAGUAACGAAGAUGCAGAGGUGAGGAAGAGAUGGGACGAAGGGCAUUUUAAUGUCUACCUGAGUGACCAGAUCCCAGUGGACCGUGCCAUCCCAGACACCAGGCCUGAGACGUGUGCGCAGAAUCUGGUCCAUGAUGACUUACCUUCCACCAGUGUGAUUUUCUGUUUCGUAGAUGAAGUGUGGUCCACGCUCCUCCGCUCUGUGCACAGUGUGCUCAACAGAUCUCCACCACACCUCCUCAAAGAGAUCAUUCUGGUGGAUGAUUUCAGCACCAAAGAAAAUUUGAAGGCACCACUGGAUGAGUACAUGUCCCAGUUUCCGAAGGUGCGAAUCAUUCGCCUGAAGGAGCGGCAGGGUCUGAUCAGGGCCAGGCUGGCCGGAGCUGCUGCUGCCAAAGGUGAGGUUCUUACCUUCCUUGACUCCCACGUUGAGUGUAACGUGGGCUGGCUGGAGCCGCUCUUGGAGAGAGUGUAUCUUGAUCGAAAGAAGGUGCCCUGUCCAGUUAUUGAAGUCAUCAGUGAUAAGGACAUGAGUUACAUGCUGGUUGACAACUUCCAAAGAGGUAUUUUCAAAUGGCCUUUGGUGUUUGGCUGGAGCGCAUUACCAGAGGAGUACAUUAAGAAAAACAACAUGACCAUCUCAGAUCCCAUCAGGUGUCCAGUUAUGGCUGGAGGCCUCUUCUCCAUAGACAAAAAAUACUUCUAUGAGCUUGGUUCCUAUGACCCUGGCCUGGAUGUUUGGGGCGGGGAGAACAUGGAGAUUUCAUUUAAGAUCUGGAUGUGUGGCGGGGAAAUCGAGAUUAUCCCCUGCUCUCGAGUGGGACACAUUUUCCGAGGACAGAACCCGUACAAAUUCCCGAAAGACAGGCAGAAGACAGUGGAGCGGAACCUGGCGAGGGUGGCUGAGGUCUGGCUGGAUGAGUACAAGGACCUCUUCUACGGUCACGGCUACCACCACCUGCUGGAUAAAAAGGCCACUGACAUCGGCAACCUCACCGAGCAGAUCGAGCUGAGGAAGAGGCUCAAAUGCAAGAGCUUCAAGUGGUACCUGGAGAACGUGUAUCCAGACAUGGACGCUCCUUUAGUCAAAGCUGAAGGCCUGGUCUUCAAUCGUGGUUUAAGAAAAUGUCUUGCUCUGCAGAAAGGCUCUCUGUCCUUCGAGAUAUGUGAUCUCAGUAAGCAGAGUCAGCACUUUAAUUACACCUGGAUGAGGCACGUUCGCCAGCAGGACCUGUGUGUCGCUCCCCAAGGCAAGGGCACUGGCUUUGGUUUACAAUCCUGUGACAACACUAAGCCUGAACUCCGCUGGUUCCACAAAUCCUCCAACUCAGCUCUGGCGGAGCACCUCAUAACAGAGUUCGUUUCCCACCACUUAUGCCUGGAGGCGGGGCCACAGGGUGACACACUUCACCUCAACCCAUGUGUACCCAGCAAUGCCCUCCAGAAGUGGCAAUUCACACACUACCGUGCUCAGUGAUGACACCAAUCGGGAUUUUCCUGUGUUAUUCAUGCACUAUAGAGACCUUCAGUGGCCUCACACCACAGUAUGCUCUGUGGUCCAACCUCAAAACACACAACUGCCCAGAGGAAGUCACUUUGGUUGCAGUAAUGUGCGUGAUGUAAAGCAGAUGGUGUGGGGAUGUGCAUUGUUUCUGAAGUCCUUUUUAAUUCAUCAGCAUGGACUGACAUUGUGUUUAAACACUCGUGCCAGAAGAAAAAGAGAAUAUUUCUCUGGUUAGGAAGGUUUGCACCACAAGUUUCUAAUUUUGGAAAAGAUCCUCUACACAGGUAUUUCAGGAAAAAUCACCUGAGGUUUUUUUUUUUUUUUUUUUAACUGGGCCACAGGUAUAUGUCAAUAGAAGAACACUCCAGCUGAUAAGUUCUUCAGUACAACAUAUCAUUUCACUGCCAAAGAUUAAACAGUGCCUUAUAGAUUUGAAAUGUAAGAAGUGUUUGCGCUGUGGGGUCUGGGUUAAAUAAUGAGUUAACUUGCAUGUAAAGUUGAAUUUAUUUGUUUGUACAAAACAUAUCACAUAUUUUUGGUGAGACAUCUACUUUUCUAGAUGUCAUGUAUUUUAUGUUUGAUGAGGCUGCUUCUCUGGUUUUUAAUUCUGUGUUAUUUAGGUGUAGGUUUUGUUGUCUCUUUUGUACAAAAAUGUUUGUUUUUUUUAAUUUUUGUCACUAGGGGGAAGUGUUGGUUUAAAACACACAAUAAACCUGUGCUGUGAUUUCACGACUGAUCUGUUAUCAAACCCUUUAACCACAAACUGAUGCAUCUUCUUGAGAAAGUAAAGAAA